AUGUUGUUGACACAUGGCAAGUUUGCCGGAGUGUACAUCCCUGGAUGGUCCACUCUUACUGAUGCACUCGACUCGGCUAUUGGCUCGACGUCGCGAUAUCACAUCAAGAAAGAGAGCUUUACACCCUUACUGAGGUUGAACACAAAUCAUAUCAGCGGCAAUAGCAGAGAAUGUGACGAGUGUGAUGGAAAGAGCGGCGCUCUGAUGAGCCUCGAGGGGGGCGGUCAGACCAAACAUACCACCAUUCAGCAAAGGGCCGAAGACACUACCUCCACCGACACCUGUGAAUUAAGUCCUGAUGAGAAGCAAGACAUGAUAGUUGUGAAACUUGACGAGUUAGCGCAGAGGCUCGAGAGAUACUCUCCGUGUCACAACUCUCUUACUCUUGAAGAAACAGUGGCGACUUCUGACCAAAACGGUGGCCCUUCUACUGAUAGUUUGAACGAAACAACCAAAAACGGCGGCGGUUUUUUCACCCGAUUUUUCGGCGCGUCCUCGACGACCGUCUCUCCUUUUGUGGCUCCACCAGUGGGCUGUAAAGGAUUGUACCUAUGGGGUGGCUGCGGUAGUGGGAAAUCAAUGCUGAUGGAUUUAUUUUUCCAACACGUGAGUGUUCAAGCCAAGAAGAGAGUUCAUUUUCAUGAGUGGAUGAUGCAAGUCCACUCGAGGCUACACGAAUUUCAGUUGAGAAGCUCCAGUAGGAUGGCGAAGUUGAAUGGACAUGAAAACGAUCUUAUCGAUCAAGUUGCUGACGAGAUGAUGAGGGAGGCCUGGCUGCUGUGCUUCGACGAGUUUCAGGUUACUUUUAUUUCGGAUGCGGUUAUUAUGCGACGGUUAUUCAGCAAGCUGUUCGAAAGAGGAUGCGUAGUAGUGGCGACGUCCAAUCGACCCCCCGAGGAUCUUUACAAAAAUGGUCUCAAUAGAGGCCUGUUCCUUCCCUUUAUACCAAUGCUCAAGCGAUUCACAGAGGUGAUUCAACUGGACUCGGAUAUCGAUUAUCGUUAUAUAAUGGCUCAAGCAGCGAAUGGCGGCGAUGAGCGGAGUGUUUAUCUGUCGCCUUUGACAGACUUCAACAGGCGUUUGUUGGAGGCAAAGUUUUAUAAAAUGGCCAAGAAUGAAGUCAAUACGCAUCAGAAGUUGGAGAUCCAAGGGCGUCAUUUAGACGUCCGUAGAGCCGCUCGCCAUACAGCCCUCGCCUGGUUCACUUUCAAAGAGCUUUGUGACAGACCAUUAGGAGCAGCAGACUACCUUGCUAUUGGCAAGCAUUAUCAUACGAUUUUCGUUGAAGAUAUUCCCGUUCUUACAAUCCAUGAGCGAGAUCAGGUACGUCGAUUUAUCACGCUCAUUGACGGGCUAUAUGAAGCUGGCACCAAAUUAGUAUGUUCGGCGGAGGCCGAGCCUGGCAAGCAUUAUCAUACGAUUUUCGUUGAAGAUAUUCCCGUUCUUACAAUCCAUGAGCGAGAUCAGAAUGCCAGAGGACAGGUUGAACAAAUGCAUCAGCAUUCUUCAGGUGCUCUCUUCCGGAUUAGCGAUGAAGACAAGUCGAGCUCAGCGUUCGAUGAAGUCUUCGCUUGGGAUCGAACCGUCUCCAGAUUGAUGGAGCUAUUUCGUCAGAUGCAGUCGGGAGAGUACCUUUCGGAGCACGCCAGGAAGCUUAGUGCUGAUGAAAUGCUCGGCCAAUACGAGUUAAAUAACCUCUCUAAAGAAGACGUUGACGAUUUGUGGUUUAGGUACGAUCGUGAUGAUAGUGGUUCGAUCGAUGUGUCCGAGCUUACACUUUUACUCGAGGACUUGACGGAACAUGUGGAGGGUCAUCGGAAUGUACCGGCCGAAGUGGUGAUCGCCUCGAUGGAUUUUCUGGAUCUCGACAAGAAUGGAGUUAUCGACAGAAACGAAUUCGAGCAAUACUGUCAGAAAUAUGGUUUAGCAUUCGCCGGUCAUAUAACAGUAGUUAAUGCUGAAGCGUGA